GUUAUUAUACCGGAAUUUGAUUUACCGUUAUAGGGUCGGUUAUUGAUUUACCGUUUUUGUUCCAGGGAUGACAGAGUCCUUUUUCUUUGGUGAAUCACAAUUGAUACAUGCUGCUGGAUUGGAAAAUGAUAAUCCAGAGGAGCAACCAUCACUAGCUGAACCUCCGAUUAUAUCUAUAGAUGUCUCUCAUUUGUAUCAUACUGAUCAGCGUUUCCCUUUGAAAGAUGAUCUUAUGAAAUGGGUUCGCGACAUUUCUAUGGCAAAUAAUUUUGUUUUGGUGACAACAAAGUCUGAUAGUGGUGCGAAGGGAAGAAAAGAAUAUGUCAUUCUGGGGUGUGAGAAGCAUGGUGCGUAUAUUCCCUACAGAGAACCGGAUCUUGUUGAAGGAACGUCAACACAAAAGACAGGUUGUCCUUUUAGGCUAAAAGGACGACGUACGAAAGAUGAUAAAGGUUGGUGGUUGAAGGUGAUGGACGGUAGACACAUCCAUCUCGCAGCUGAGUCACUAGUUGGCCACAAUUACGCUGGUAGACUGAAUAGUGAGGCGAAGGAGGACGUGAUAAAUCAGGCUAAGACUUGGGUUCCACCUAGAAAGAUGUUGGCGUCCUUGAAGGAAAAAGAUCCUUCAAACUUGACUACCAUCCAACAAAUUUAUGGUGUUUGCAAGCGGUUCAGACAAUCCGUUCGUGGGUCACUGACAGAGAUACAAUACUUGCUGAAGAAGUUGGACGGUGAGAAGUAUGUUCACUUCGAACGAAAUGAACCCGGAUCGGAAGUGAUUAGAGAUAUAUUUUGGGCUCAUCCGAAUGCCGUCAAACUUUUCAACACAUUCCCAUAUGUAGUGAUCAUGGAUUGCACAUACAAGACCAGCAAAUACAAACUACCCUUGCUCGAGAUUGUUGGCCUGACCUCCACGGAUAAAACAUACUCAAUAGCAUUCUGUUACAUUGGCAGUGAGACCACAGAGGACUACAUUUGGGCAUUGGAGUGUAUGAAGUCUCUGAUUUCCGACCAAUCCAGGUUGCCUAGAGUGAUUGUGACGGAUAGAGAUCUUGCUUUAUUGAGUGCUGCUUCACAAAGCCUUCCCACCACCACCCAUUUACUAUGCUUGUGGCACAUCAACAAGUGUGUUUUGGCAAAGUGCAAAGAGUAUGUUGGCACGGAUGAUUUUGCUCAAGAGGUUAUGGACAAGUGGGCCGAAUUGGUAGAUGCUCCAACAGUUCCAGAAUUUGAAGCUCAUUGGAUUGAAUUGUUUAACAUGUGCAAGCAUAAACACAAGUUGAAAUUUGCCACUUAUUGUUCUACUACAUGGUUGGUCCACAAGCAGAAAUUUGCCAAGGCAUGGACAAAUCAUGUGAUGCAUUUUGGAACAACAACAAGUAACAGGGCUGAAGGUGCACAUGCCAGCUUGAAGUUGAUGUUGCGGAACAGUAAGGGUGACCUGGCCACAUCAUGGAAUGCGUCGCAUAGUUUGACCACCAAUCGCCACACUGAGAUAGUAGCAUCGUUUGAGCGCAGUAUGAAUAAAAUUGAUCACCUUUUCAAGACCCCUUUCUACACAAAUAUUAGGGGAUUUGUGUCAAUCAAAUGCCUGAAACUCAUUGAUGCUGAACUGACAAGAAUGCGAGCCUGCGGCGGCAGAUGCGAUUGCUUAUUGAGAGAGACUCAUGGACUACCUUGCGGUUGUCAACUUGCAGAUUAUGAGAGGAUUCCGUACGAGGCCAUUCAUCCAUUCUGGAAGAGCCUAAGUUGGGAGCAUGUACCUGUUGCAGAUACUGCCUUUCUCCAUCCAUAUAUUGGCAAAAUUACAGAUGUUGAGGAUGAUGGUAACUGUGGCUAUAGAUCCAUUGCUGCAUUAAUGGGGCAUUCCGCCGGUCAGGACGGUUGGCCUUGGGUUAGGGCUACAUUGAUACAAGAACUUGAGACCAAUGUGGUAAUGUAUAAUAGGAUGUGGGGCACAGAUGUUGUUUAUGGCUUACAUAAUCGUCUCACUCUUCCUAUUGGUGACCCGUGUUUAUAUGUUUUAAACACGAUCGGUAAAUGA